AUUUGAUUUUGAUUUUUUUUUUUUUUUUCCUGCCGGACUUUGGAGGAAAACUGCCCGGCUUCUAGCAUGAUGUCUUACCUCAAACAGCCCCCUUACGGCAUGAACGGGCUGGGGCUGACGGGCCCCGCCAUGGACCUGCUGCAUCCCUCCGUGGGCUAUCCGGCCACGCCGCGGAAGCAGCGGCGGGAGCGCACCACCUUCACCCGCUCGCAGCUGGACGUGCUGGAGGCGCUCUUCGCCAAGACGCGCUACCCGGACAUCUUCAUGCGGGAGGAGGUGGCCCUGAAGAUCAACCUGCCCGAAUCCCGAGUCCAGGUCUGGUUCAAGAACCGCCGCGCCAAGUGCCGGCAGCAGCAGCAGAGCGGCGGCGGGGCCAAGAGCCGCCCGGCCAAGAAGAAAUCUUCGCCCGCCCGGGAGAGCUCGGGCUCGGAGAGCAGCGGGCAGUUCACGCCGCCGGCAGCGGCCUCCAGCUCCGCCUCGUCUUCCUCCUCCAGCUCGGCCUCCUCGGCCCCGGUGGGCGCCCCGGCCUCGCUCAGCACCCCGGCGUCGUCCAUCUGGAGCCCGGCUUCCAUCUCGCCCGGCGCGGCGCCCGCGGGGGUGACGGUGCCCGAGCCGCUGCCGCCGGCCGCCGCCUCCUGCAUGCAGCGGGCCGGCCCCGCCGCCUCGGCCGCCUCCGCCUCCUACCCCGUGUCCUACAGCCAGGGCGGCGGCUACGGCCAGGGCUACCCCGCGCCGCCCUCCUCGUCCUACUUCGGGGGCGUGGAUUGCAGCUCCUACCUGGCGCCCAUGCACUCCCACCACCACCCGCACCAGCUCAGCCCCAUGGGCCCCUCCUCGGUGCCGGGCCACCACCACCACCACCCGCUGAGCCAGAGCUCGGGCCACCACCACCAUCACCACCACCACCACCACCACCAGGGCUACGGCGGCACGGGGCUGCCCUUCAACUCCUCCGACUGCCUGGACUACAAGGAGCCCGCCGCCGCCGCCGCCGCCUCCUGGAAGCUCAACUUCAACUCCCCCGACUGCCUUGACUACAAGGACCAGGCGUCCUGGCGCUUCCAGGUCUUGUGAGGGAGCGGUCUCCGUCCCCCAAGCUGCCACUGACCCACCCGGGGGCUCCCCACCGCCUCCCGGGCAGGACUCUGGGCUCUUCCUCCUCCUCCUCCUCCUCCCUCUUCGUUAGCAGUGGCGGUGUCCUGGGGAGGUGCUGCCGCCCCCAUCUCUACUGACUGAUAUUUAUUUGCUUCCUGCACCACUCCACCAGGUUUAUUAUAAUUGUUAUUUUUUUAAACGCAACAGAAGAGGAGUUUAAAAAAAAAAAAAAAAAGAAAAUUAAAAAGCCAAGCGUGUCCCCCGCUGCCCCCCGGGCAGAGGCGCAGGCUGGCUCCUGCCCUGCCAGUGCCCCCGGCUUUGUGCGGGGACCCUCAGCCCUGCGGGUGUGGAAUUCCCGGCUCGCCAGUCCUGUACAGCCUCUUGCCGCGGGGAGCGGCGGGAAUUAUGUAAAUACUCGGUCCGUUCCAGUGACCACGAUUAUUUUUAGUUGAUGCUGUUGGGUUGGCAUUUAUCUAGAGUCUAACAUGGAACAGAACGUAAAAAAAAAAAAACAAAAUCUUUUUAAAUUUCGAUUUUCUUCCCUAAAAGAACGAAUCUUUCCCGGUGUCAUGUCCUCCGUCCAUCCUCGAGGGCUCCGCACAAGCUUGGCUGUGCCGUCCUGGGGCUGAGGGAGAGGGGGCAUGGAAGCAGCCACGGGAGGUGUCCAGAACGGAGGCAAAGGGGGAGGGAGGAAAGGCUGCCCAGCUGAUCCGCAACCUGCAGACCAAAAAACCCAAAACUUUUGGAGAAAAAAUUAAUAAAAGGAAACAAACAAA